GAGGUAAUAGUAGGCGUGGGCUUGUAUGCCGUGUAGCUUUAAAGUUUGAGACUGAAAGGGUAUAAUGUGAUCUGUUUUUAAUACAGUGCUUCAGGCCACUCGUGUGGUUUUCUACCUAAACCCCGGGUUCACAUUUAACCUAUUAUCAAAGCUAGGCAUUUCAAGCUUAGACCUGCGGCAAAAGAGAAAGGCAUAUGGCCGGUAGAUACUUGCUCUGUAUUUGUUUUCUCUUUUUAAUGGUUCUGUCUGUAGUGGAUGCGACAGAGGGAACAGACACGCGCAGGAAGCAUGAAAACGACGUCGCGAAGCAGAGUUCCCCAGUUACAGCAGCAUGGAAUCAGGAGAAACCGAAGCGGAUCUUCGCCAGAACACGCUACCUUCCUCCGCUGGGAACACACGUGCAAGGGCCCAUCCCGGAGCUGCUCGGUGAGGCCCAUACCCCGGUUCGCCGAUGUGCCCUUCUUAACGAGAGCUGCUUGGUAAACACACCUUGUUGCGAGCCAUGCGCUUCCUGCCACUGCAGACUCUUUAACACCAUCUGCCACUGCUGGAGGCUGGGAGCCUGCCACAAAAAGACAUAACGUCGCCAGGCUACGAUGAGUAUUAGCAGGUCAUAAAUAGCGCUUUACACGCUACACAUGCUUUCCGUACAGUGUGCAGACACCCUUAGGCAUAGGCCUAUACUGAAAUUCUUGUCUAAGCUUUAUAGUACAAUUAACAGACCAAAUAUUAACCUCUAAAUAUACAUAAAACAGUGUGCAUAAUAGUACAGUAUUGAGUCUAGAUAUUUUUUAGCAUAGUAGGCUAUGUAUAGAUUUUUGUAUUGUCUUGCAUAGCGUCCAUUAAAGGAAACAUAUUGUGCUCA